CCCCCUCCCGGCCCCCGGACACCCGGCUUGGGGCCUGGCUCUCCCUCUCCAGCUGUUGCCCUCUCCCCGACCCAGGCCCCCUGGUGCCCCCCUCAGGAUCGCUGGACACCCUGAGACCCGCCCCGUCCCGCGCCUCCCACCUCCGGCCCAGCCCGGCGGGGGGGGGGGGGGACCUCGCAGGGAGAUCCAGGGCCACCCUCAGAUCCGUGCGGUGUGAUGAUACUUCCUCCAGCGGAUGCCCUGGGCACAUUCUGGACUCGCCUCUGUCACUUCCCGCCUCCGGGCCCUUGGCUCUGUCCUCUGAAUAGAUCCCAGCUCUCCGUGCUGGCCGCCUGCUUCUGCCUGCCUUUCUGCCUCUGGGUGCCCCCUGCUUCUGCCCCGCCCUGCUCCCUCCCACCCCCGGCCCGCCUCACCCCCACCGCUCCUCGCUGGGUGCAGCGCCCACCCGCUGGGACCUCCCACCCUCUCGAAAGUGGCCUUGGAGGCCACAUUUAUGUGACCUGCCUGAGCCAGGGCUGCUCGCACCAGCUACUGGCAGUUAUGGCUGCUGAUUUGUCAUUAUCAGCCGUUACUUUUGUUACUACUGAUUACCUAGGUGACCAGCAGUUACUUUUGUCUUCACUGGUGAUACUCCUUGUUACGAUUGGUUACUUUUGUUGCCACGGAUUUAUUUUCUUCUCAUCACCACUGGUUACUUUUGUUACCAGGGUCACUCAAUACCAGGGGCCGGUACUCCCUGAGCCUCACAUUCUGUCCGAGUGCAGGGUGGUCCCAGCUGGGGUUCUAGGUGUUAUCGGGACUUAGGUGACAGCUGUCACUUUUGGAGGAUGAUGUAUUGGCAUCGUGUCUAUGGGGUCUUGAAUUCCAUCCCGUGUGAUCUCUGGGUUGCGUUCUCCCCCAGACAGAUGAGAGCUCUGGUUUGGGGUUUAGCUGGCUGUGUGGUGAAGUCUUGGUCAGGGAGAGGGACCCAGACGGGCUCCUGGGCCUGCCAGGGAGGCCAGAAGGCGGAGCACAUCUAUGGUGUUUGGGGCAGGCAUGAGUUUCUGGAGGCAGCAGGCUGGGCAGUGGCCAGGGGUCACGGGGCAGGGAUCUGGCUCUUCUGUGGCAGAUGCCCACCGGCUGGGGCACAUAUUGAGAGGGGGUGCUGUCCUUGCGGUAGCUCCAUGAGGCCCACUCCUACAGCAGUGCGCUGGCCCCUCGGCCACUGAGAGGCGCCACAGUCGUUGACUUCUACACGGGGCCCAGCUGUCUGGUACUUUGUCCUGGGCUGUGUCUUCUGUGCACCCGUGGGGCUGACCUGGGGAUGGUGAGUGGGGCCAGCUCCUGCUGAGUUUCGGUGUCUCCUCGGGCCCUUGGCUGGUAGGCAAGAACAUCACCAGCAGGCCCUGGUCUAUAAAUUGGGCAGAGAGGCACCCCCAGGCCCCUGCGGGAGCUCAGAACCAUUUGGAGCAUCUUGGGGAGUGGGGAGGGGUCAGAGCCAAGGGACACAGUGACAGGCCUGGCCUCCUGACUCCCCUUGCAGUGCUCCUUCCAGGAUCCUGGACCCAGCUGUUUCCCUGGGACGAGCGGUCGGUCUCCUGUGGAGUCACACCCAGGAGCCGUACCUGCCUGGGCCCUCUCUCCGGCCCCGGCUUCUGUCGGACCUCAGGCCAGGCUCAGCCUCGCUCACGCCUCCCACCCUAUAAGAGGGUGGGUGAAGCCGCCUUUACCCAGCAUCCUAGCCGUGAAGUUACCUUCUAUCCCUCCCAGGACCUGGGGAGCCUGGCCUGCAGAGAUAGGGGCUGCAGGUGUUGGGGGGCAGCGAGGAGCCCCUGUGUCUCCCUGCGCAGGCUCUCCCAUAGGGCCAGAGGCCCGGAGACACGGGGUCUGGUCGGCGAGCGUUGGGCGGGGGCCAGGCUGGUUCCCUGGGCCUCGGUCAUUCAUUUCUUCGUCAGGCAAGUGUUUGGGGCCCCUCCUGGGGCUGUAGGCUGGGAGGCCACGGCCCUUCGAGACACAAGCCUUGUGACAACUUAGAGCACCGUACAAACAGAAAGCACAGGCGAAGGCAGGGGGGCCAGGGGCAAGUCCCGGGGCUGCGCUCCAAAUGGAGUUAGCCGGCCAGGACGACGGGGUCCCGAAACUGGCGAGCCGCGCGCGACACACGCAGGUACCGGCACCACUACCCGGCUGUUUCAUUGAAGACAUUCUUCAGAACUGGAGGGAGGACUACGACGUCCUGGAAGAGAAUCACUCCUACAUCCAGUGGCUGUUUCCUCUGCGUGAACCUGGAGUGAACUGGCAUGCCAAGCCCCUCACGCUCCGGGAGGUUGAGGCAUUUAAAAGCUGCAAGGAGGUCAGGGAGCGGUUUGUGCAGGCCUACGAGCUCAUGCUGGGGUUCUACGGGAUCCAGCUAGAAGACAGGAGCUCGGGUCAGGUGCGCCGAGCACAGAACUACCAGAAGCGCUUCCAGAACCUCAACUGGCACAGCCACAACAACCUCCGCAUCACGCGCAUCCUCAAGUCCCUGGGCGAGCUGGGCCUGGAGCGCUACCAGGCGCCGCUGGCGCGCUUCUUCCUGGAGGAGACGCUGGUGCGCCAGGAGCUGCCGGCCGUGCGCCAGAGCGCCCUGGACUACUUCGUGUUCACCGUGCGCUGCCCGCGCCAGCGCCGCAAGCUGCUGCGCUUCGCCUGGGAGCACUUCCGGCCGCGCCGCAAGUUCGUGUGGGGGCCGCACGACAAGCUGCGGAGGCUGCGGCCGCCCCUGCCCGAGGGGGAGGGGGAGGGGAGCCCCGGGGGCGCGCCGGGGCGGGCCGGGGGCCAGGAGGGGGAGGCGGGGGGCCGCGGGGAGGGGGGCCCGGAGCCCCCGAGCCCCAAGGAGAACAAGAAGAGGAAGCUGGACGCCAGCCGGCGGGAGCAGGCCCCGGGGGAACGGGGCGGCCAGAGCGCCUCGGACGUGGAGAAGAUCGCCCUGAACCUGGAGGGCUGCGCCCUCAGCCAGGGCGGCCUGAGCGGGGGGACCCGGGAAUCGGGCAGCCGGGCCCCGGGGGAGGCCGAGCAGCCCUGCCCCCAGCCCCCCCCGGGGGCCAAGGUGGUGGAGGAGGUGAGGAAGAGAAGGAAGGUGGACCAGGGCCCCGGGAGCGGCGACUCGGUGGGUGCCGGUGGUGGGGCCGAGCCCCCAGCCCCCGCCGGGCGCUGCGCCCUGCCAGGGUGCCCCGAGGCCAGAGAGAAGGAUAAUGGGGUGGAGGAGGCCGGUGGCCGGGCAGAGCUAGAGCAGGGUGCCCCUGGGAGCUCGGCCCCCGCGGGACCCUCGGUAGACAGGGAAGCAGAGGCGGGGCCUGAGGCCAAACCCAGAAAGCCUUAAGGGAAAGGGCCGCCUGGGUAUCCUGCCCUCUGUCCUGCCACGGGUCUGGGGAGCCACGUGGUCAGCUGUUGUCAGCCCGGAGCAGUACUGGUCUGUCCCUCCUGGUCACCGCAGCCGUGGAAGGAGCAGAUCCCCGCUCUGGGAAGGCCAGGGACUUGGGGAUCCUUACCUCCAGCUCACUUCCUGCCUCCCUCCUCCAAGCCACCGCCCCCCCAUCUUUGUAAAUUGGCCCUCAAGGGUCUGGGGGGGUGGGGAUGGGGGCUCAUUUUCUUAGUCUGGUGCCGAAACCUUUUCUGAAUAAACUCAUUUGACUUUGA